AUGGUGGACGUGUUCAGCGGGCGGCUGCUCACCAACAAGGAGGGGCAGGCGGUGGACCCCGAGGCAGCCCUGCAGAACAAGGUGGUGGGCUUGUACUUCUCGGCCGCGUGGUGCUCCCUGUGCCGCGAGUUCACCCCGGUCCUGUGCGACUUCUACGGCGAGCUGGUGGAGGAGGCGCCCUCGCCGGCGCCUUUCGAGGUCGUCUUCGUCUCCUCCGACCGCAGCCCCGAGGAGAUGGCGGGCUACAUGCAGGACAUGCACGGCGACUGGCUGGCGCUGCCCUUCCAGGACCCCUUCAAGCAUGAGUUGAAGAAGAAAUACAACAUCACUGCCAUUCCCAAACUUGUGAUUGUUAAACAAACUGGAGAAGUCAUUACAGAUAAAGGCAGAAAACAUAUUCGGGAGAGAGGGCUCAACUGCUUCCGAAACUGGGUCGAGGGGGCAAAUGUCUUUGAAAAUUUCUGUACUUGAACCA